AUUUUUUAUAAUUUUUUAUUAGCUUAUACUGGAUUUUACCAGUUGAAUAAUUUUAAUUUUAGCGAUAAAUUUACAAAACUUAAUUAAUUAGAGAUGUGAAUUUUUAGAUUUUAACGCAAAAUCAAUGUUUCAACCAUUUUUAAUGUACACUGAUUGUACCAUAGUUGAUAGACACAUCAUACAGAGGAGUCAAAAAAUGUGUUGAAAAAACAUAAGAAAAAGUUAAAAAUUGUCUAUAUCUUCAACUUAAUUAAAUAAACAUAAAACUCUUAAAACAGCACAGUAGAGAUGACACCGGUGUUAGUGUUUUCGUUACUGGUAUUGAUGUCUUCAACAUCAGAAGUGUCAUCAUUCAUCAACUCAGAUGGCAAAAACAACAACAACAACAACAACUUUAACAACAAUAACUACGACACCAACUACAACAACAGCAAAACUCGCAUAAAUUACAUUAACGAAUAUGACAUCAACAACAGCAAACAGAAUAACAUUGACGACAUUAACGAAAACUCCGUCAACAAAUUCUACAUAAGUACAAGGAAUAAAUGGCUUGAGGACCGCCAUAGAAACAUUAACGACAUUUCCGACAGCGGCUUGAAUGANAAUGACCUCAAUUAUUAUCGCGACAUCAACAAUAAUCUACAAACAGCAUCAAAAAAACACAGAAAACGACAAAGACAGAAAUCAAGUUUGCCAUAUCAACACCAACAACAACAGCAGAAAACCAGCGAACAAGAUACUACAUCCCACAAGAAUCGUACAAAAGAGCGUAGAACAACAAAACGCAAGCCGACAAAACGCAACCACAAACAACAACAUCCUAAAAUACAUCACCACCAACAACAACAAAAUUAUCCACAUGACUACAGCAAACAAUUCAAAAAGAUGAUGAAGAUGAAGAGAAAGCUGAUAGCCAUGAUGUCUACACUGAGCAGACGCUCGCUGAGGCAUAUGCGCCAGAUCAAAGCUGAUUUGAGAGACGUGGCAUUUGCAGUCGAAAUACUUAAAAACAACACUUCUCUUAGAAUUGAGCUAAACGACCAAAAUCGGAAAUCAUGGAUCAAGAGGUCGACAACUUCGAAUGCCUUCAUCUGCCCGGAGAACUUUGUGGGCGGUGGGACCUGGUCAUCUUGCUACAGGGUGCCGGCUUGGAAGAGCACCUGGUUCGAAUCCAACAAGUUCUGCUCGGCUGCUGGGGCCAACAUGCUGACGUUGGAGUCAAUGAAAGAGGCGUAUAUUGUGGAUUAUGUCAUCAGAGCUCAUGAAACAGAGACACUCAUUAAGAAGAACAAUUCGGUCGCAGGAGCUGACAGUGAAAGCAAAGAAGAACAAAAUCGUCAUAAAUUCCAACAAAGAGGGCUUGAGAGUGAUAAACCAGUCGUUCAAAGCCACCAAAAAUACUGGACUGGAGGCAUUUACGUACCGAAAUAUGAAAGUUGGUUCUGGAUUUACAAUAGAAUCAGAAGGUCGACCAAGCCUAUUCCUAAUUUAAGAUGGGGUUCAGGAGCUCCAAAUAACCUUUUAACUAAUCAUUGCAUGGCUAUCAGACGGAAUGAAGACUUUCAAUGGUUUGAUGAAAAGUGUACGGACAAAAAUUAUUUCAUAUGUGAGAUCGACUUGCUUCAAAAACCGCUGGAGUGAUUUGUACAUUUAUUUUUAAUGUUCUGCGCAUCGUAAUUUAUUCUUUAAGGUUGACAGUUAAGUUUGCUUUUAACAAAAUAAUAACUAGAAACUUA